AAGUUUCUAGCUAGGGUUUCUGAAUCUCCACCCAUCACUUUAAUGGCUUCCAACAAAAUCCACCACUUGAGACAAUCAGCUAUGGAAGCUGGAGAUCCUGGCAAAUAUUAUAUCAAUCCAUCUGAGAAACUGAUGAGCAAAGCAUCUGGUUGGAGAGUUGUAGAAUAUGAAGAUUCUAUUGAGGUGAUUUUCGAUGAUGCUGCUUUGGGGAAGAGUCCUGUUUUUGCCAGAUGCUACAACUAUCAGGCUAUUGGCGAUUCUGUAAACAAGGAUGACGAGUUCGGUUUCAUAAUGAAUACUGAUUAUCUAGAUGCUAGGAAACUUAAUAUUGAGAUGAAAGAUGGCUUUACAAAGUUUUACGUUCCUAAAAUCAAAGUUGAAGAAAACAAGAAGAAGGUUGCUGGAUCGCAGGCUUGAGUAGUAGUAGUAGUAUGAGAAAUGGAAGGUGGAUUCUUCUAGAUCUUGUUUGGUUUUUUAUGAAAAUUUCUUUCUAGUCCUUUUCUACUUGUUCUAGGAUUUCUGGUUUUAGUUUCUAGCUAGGGUUUUUGAGAGUUAUGUUGAGAUUGAUACUUCGAUGAUUAUCAUCAGGGGGCAUAAUUAAUGAUGAAU